AUGCGCGCAUUCGACAACCUCUACGAAGAGCCCGCGUUCGAGGGCGAGACCACGGGCAAGGAGCAGUCUAUCGCUGCUGCCGUCGUCGGUGCCGCCGCGGUCGCGGUCGCGUCCACCGUCGCUGCGUUCCAGUACGGUGCUUCGCCCGCCUGGCUUUCUGCUGCGCUUGCAGGCAGCCAUUGA